AGCUUUCAAAAACGUUUUUGCCCCCUCGGCCAAAUGAUAAUUUUUUAUGCACUUUUAUAAAUCUUUUAUUUGUUAAGAUAUGAUUCUUGCGUUGUUUUAUUUUAAUUCAUUUUUUUAAUCAGGUUUUCGAAUGGAUGUAGAUCUACUAUAUCAUUAAAUUUAUCGAGUAGUUUUGUAUUUAGUGUUGCAUGGCGGCAUCCAUGAACAGGUGAUUGUGGUGUCUUCAACUUUUCAGAGUUUGGUGAAUGGCUUCAAUGAGACAGGCUUGAAAUCCGCAUGCGAGUGUGAUGAUGAAGACAAGCUUAUCUUGUAAACUGACUGGAUGCAGAUGACAGGUAGUCAGUCUGAAGUUAAGGAGUCGAGAUGAGGACACUUCUGGAGUAUGAGAGUCAGAUUUUCUUGGAUGCAUUCCAUGAAGAUGGAUUACUUGUCAUGGCUAAAGGUCUUGGGAUUGAUAGAGUAUUCCUGAACUUCCUGAAAGUGUACAGUGACCCUGCAAAUCUUGUCCUUGUGUUAAAUACCAAUGCUAAAGAGGAGGAAUAUUUUACAGAACAACUUGAAAAGGAAAACUUAAAACCACUACCAAGAACCAUUACUAAUGAAGUUGGAGCUAAUGAAAGACAGAAAGUUUAUCUUCAGGGAGGUGUCCUUUUUCUGACCUCCAGAAUUCUGGUUGUUGACUUGCUGACAGAGCGGGUCCCUGUAGAGCACAUCUCUGGCAUACUCGUGUAUAAAGCUCACAGAAUUGUAGAAUCAUGUCAAGAAGCCUUUAUCCUACGCUUGUACAGACAAAAAAACAAGACUGGUUUCAUCAAAGCUUUCUCAGACAGCCCCUAUUCCUUCACCACAGGAUAUUCUCAUGUAGAAAGGACAAUGAAAAACUUAUUUGUCAGAAAUCUUUAUCUGUGGCCACGUUUCCAUGCCAGCAUUGUGGCGAAUCUAGAGCAUCAUAAGGUUGAUGUGGUGGAGAUCCAGGUUCAGCUGACGUCUGCUACCUUGGCCUGUCAGACAGCUAUGUUGGAUCUGAUCAAUGCUUGUAUUCAGGAACUGAAGCGCUGCACCACUGCUAUUGAAGCAGAAGAGGUUACAGUGGAAAACGCGAUUGGGAAAGCUUUUGACAAAACUAUCAGAUUCCAGUUAGAUCCAGUUUGGCAUCAACUCAGUGCCAAAACACGUCAGUUGGUGUCGGAUCUAAAAACUCUCAGGCUUAUUCUCAGGCACAUGACUCAGUAUGACAGUGUUACCUUUUAUAGCAUGGUAAAUUCUGUAAAGACAAACGAGAAAGUGUUUGGUCAGAACACAGGCUGGUUGUUUUUGGAUGCUGCAGACAGCUUAUUUGUUAAUGCCAAGGAACGGGUAUUUGGUCCGGAGAAAAGUAAAAUCAGUGACAAGGAGAAAACUGAAGAAGAGCCAGUUUUGGAGGAAUGCCCAAAAUGGAAGGCAUUGAGGGACAUUUUAAAAGAAAUUAAAACAGAAAAUAAGAAACUUGAUCCAGAAGAUGAAGCAGGAGCUGUUCUUAUAGCGGCAGAGGAUGACAGGACGUGUAGCCAACUGAAGGAGGUUCUAUGUGAUGGGUCCAGAAGUAUGAUGAUAAGACUAUACAAUAAAUAUUUGGCUCAGAAGGGACAAAACCUAGAGGAUGAAGCUAAGAAAACCAGACAGGAAAAGAUAGCCAAGAUGAAAUCAACCAAGAGACAUAAAACGAAAGCUACAGAGCUGACACUCACACAGAUGGUAGGGGAAACAAACAAGGAGAGCCAUACAGAGGUGCAGAAUGGAAAUUCCGUGGAGAAGGAAACUUCUGCAUCCUCAGUGGAUGCUUACUAUGGCAUUGUUGAGGAACCCGUCACUAUUCUUCACCCCCUCCAUGGAGGCACAGACCCUAAUGGUCUAUCCAAAACCCUGCAGGAAGUACAGCCCAGAUAUGUGGUUCUGUAUGAUGCAGACAUGCAGUUUGUUAGGGAACUAGAGGUUUACCGAGCCAGCCGCCCAGGAAAUCCAUUAAGGGUGUACUUCAUGAUGUACACUGGUUCAGUAGAGGAGCAGAGGUACCUGACCACACUCAGGAUGGAGAAAGAGGCGUUUGAGUACCUCAUCAGGGAGAAAGCUAACAUGGUGAUACCUGAAGAAAGGGAAGGUAAAUUAGAAGAUGAUCCAAAUCUGUCAAGGGACACAACUCCUGCUAAUGCAACAGUAAACACACGUAAAGGAGGAGCACCACAGGUCCCAACACAACAAAAGGUUAUCGUGGACAUGCGAGAAUUUGGGAGCGAGUUACCAUCGUUAAUUCACAGACGAGGCAUUGAGAUAGAGCCGAUAACCUUGGAGAUUGGAGACUAUAUACUGUCACCUGAUAUUUGUGUUGAGAGGAAAAGUGUCAGUGAUUUGAUUGGUUCCCUGAACAAUGGUCGACUGUACAACCAGUGUAUCUCCAUGUGUAGAUAUUACAAGAAGCCAGUUCUUCUGAUUGAGUUUGAUGCCAAUAAGUCCUUCUCCCUGCAGAUGAAGCAGUCCAGUGAGGUGUCUAUACAAGAUGUGACCUCUAGACUGGCCCUCUUGACCCUUCACUUCCCCAAGCUACGCAUUCUGUGGUGUCAGAGUCCAUAUGCAACUGCAGAGCUGUUUGAAGAAUUAAAGGCAGGAAAACCUGAACCCCAUGCAGCAACAGCCCUGGCUGUUGGGUCAUCAGAAGAGGGUCUGGACUGGUCAGACAAGUACAGCCACAGACCACAGGAUUUUUUGCUGAAAAUGCCUGGAGUGAAUGUAAAAAAUUACCGUCUCAUCAUGAACAAAGUGGAGAGCCUUUCUACUCUAUGUGAUUGUUCACUGGAACAGCUGACUGAAAUCAUGGGAAGUGAACCUCAUGCCAAACAGCUCUAUAACUUCAUCCACUCCAAACCUAAAGCAUCCACAGAUCAAGCAGUAAAGCCAGGCAAAAGUGAUUUUAAACGAGGAUUCAAAAGGAAACGAUAAUUACCCUUAAAUUUUGUUACAGUUUGUUGUUGACAGACACAUGUAAAAAGCUACCUUACUCUGAUAAACAAUGAACAGAUUGUUCCCAGAAUGAAAUUCUUUUAUAAAGGACUAUGAACAGUUUUCUGCCCCUAAAUUACAUUUUGAGAUAGAACUAUGUGAUUGCUACAUAAAACUUGGAAAUACCACCUUAUUGGAAAACAGUAAAGAUUAAAUCUUUUUAUGACAUCACUAUUUAGAAAUGAUGCCAUUAAAAUGAUAUGAUUUUAUAUUUCUUUCAAUUUUCAGCAAAACUAUUAUAUUUUAAGUCAUUUGAAUGGUUGGAGUGCGGAUGUGAUCAAAUACUGUUUACCAACAUAAAAUGUAUUUAAUUAAUAAUAAUAUCAAUGAAAAUAUGGAUCAUGCUACACUGUGUAAUUUAUGAAUCAAUAUGUGGAUAAUAUUUUUGACUUUUUACUAUAUUUUAGAGAAAUUGGUGGAAAUGACAUCAUAGCAAUAAUGAUACAUUAACAAUGGUUGUUGUCUCCUAUAUAUAAUAAAUUAUUUCAGGCAUUGAUUCAUGAAUAUUACUUUAAGUUUAUUAGACUUUUUAAUCAUUUUGAUUAUCUAAUGUUUUAUUGGGGCAUUGCCGCAUACUGUAGAUUCCUUAUUUUACAUGAAUACUUAACAUGGCAAAUGACUCAUAUACAUCAAAUCAUGUGGACAUGAAUUCACGUGUUGUCUGUUUAUCUACAUACAUUCUAGCAACAGAAAAUUAAAAACGAUUAAUUUUAUUUCAUGAGUGUUGCCUCACUUGAAAUUAAGUGAUAAUAAAUACCUCGUGUAUAUUUAGGAAUCUACAAUAUAUUGUUGAUAUACUGAAUAUAGUCCUUUGCCAUAAUUCAUGUGUCUGCCACACUGUUAUUUAAAUAAUGUUUAUUUAUUUGCAUGCAAUUAAAUUGAAUUUGCUAAA